AUGGAAUCUUAUGCAGAUGCCAAGGAAGAAUCAAAGGAUGACUGGGGAGCAGCCAGUCCUGACAGGAAGGAUGACCAAGAAGAAAGUGAUCAAGAUGAAGAGCUAAUAACACAACCAAUCGAAAAGAAGUCAGUAGAUAAGCCAAAAGUUGUGAUAGUGCUGUCUCUGAAGAAGUUACUAUACCUACCAAUUAAAAGAGAAGAAUUUAAGAACUUGAAUGAAGAUGUCGAAGCUAUGCUUAUGUUUAAUAAACAUAAGCUUCAUUGGUAUUGGAGACAACAUCUUGCUUCAUUUUUGGACAUUAUUAUGAGCCAUCCUAGAGCAAUUGUUGUGUUGUCUACUACAAAGAAAAAGAAAAAUACACAUGAAAUCAUUACAAAUCUAAAGCAUAAUCUUGAAACUUACUCUGAUUGGGAUGAAAAGACCAUAAAAGGAGAGAAUAAAUUAGAAAAAGUGCUCAAAUGGUUUGAGAAGACGAUGCUUUACCAAGAAAAUCAUUGAACUGCAUACACAAUUCCAGAAACAAAGAGGGAAGAAAUGACCAGAGAUUUGAACAAAAUUGUGUUUGCUUUACAAGAAGCUGUUGACGAUGAAUCAAUAUUACUUUCAGAAAUAUCUCCUGAAGACAUUAAAGCUGAGAAUAUAAUCUGUGUAGAAACAGAAGCAUUGAAGAUGAAGAAUCAUCCUGAUCAUAUGCUUUAUGCCCCUGAGAUCGAUGAAGCUGAUGUUGUUGAGAAUUACUCUAACAAUCAUGAAGAUGACGAACAAGUUUUCAAAGAUGUAAAAGAAUCUAAUCAAAUUAUCGAAUCUUUAUUCAGAGCUCUUAAUGACUAUGAUGAUAUUUCAGCUUUCAUAAAGGAUAAGACUCUUGGAACUUUUACCAAUCAAAACGAUACUGGUGAAGGAUAUAUAAGCACACAGAAUAUGCUGAGUUACCCUGACAUUGAUCUCAGCUCCUUGUAUAGCCACAAAACUUUGGGGUGGCUGUUUAGUGGAGCCUAAGAUAUUUUACUAAAUUU